UGGAUAAGGAGUGAAAGCAGGAAACAGUUGUCACAACUCGCCUGUCAAAAUCAAUUUACUAGUUUUUAGACUCAGUUGUUUGGAAGGUAAAAUCCAGCUGCAAAUUAUGGCUCAUCGAUUUUCAAAGGAAGAAUUAGAUGAGCAGUUUGAAGAGUUUCUGAAAGAGUCUUUUUCAGAUGAUUCACUUGGAAAUCCAAAGAAAAAGUCCAGCAUUCUUGAGAAAUUGGGACAGCCCAGGAAAAAAGAAAAGAAGAAAAAGGAUUCAGUGCCCUGGUGGUUAUCUGAGGAAGACUCGGAUGAUGGUGAUUUUCAAAUAAAAUUUGUUAAAGUGAGAAAAGAGAAGAAACUGGCAGAAAGCCAUGCUGAAGCAGUGGAAAAUACUGAACAAAAGAGUCCCCAUUCCCAGUCUGAAGUAGUUCCCUCUAAAUCUUCCAGUGCAUCUCGCAGCAAGGCUUUGUCUAAAUCCAAAAUGUUGGAAAAAUUUCAUAAGGACAAGAAAUAUUCGUACUUAAACAAAGAAGAAGGAGCCCUCGCUUCUGACAGUCCAUGCAAUUCUGAGGGAAUGCUUGAAACCAAUGGAAACUUUCUCAAGGUGCAAAACACUUCACAGCCUGUGGGAGAAGGUCAUGAAAACAUGGAUGUGGAAAAGAUGCAGCUUGAGAAAAGUAAUGGAGAUGCUGUAUCUUUGAGUAGAGACAGCCUGGAAACAAAUGAUUCAGUUUUAGCUUCUGGGCCUAAUCAAAGCAUCAUAGGAGUUGGAUUGGAUACCUUGGAAGAGCAAGAAGAAAAAGAGAUCUUCUUUGCCAAGCUUGAACGAGAAGCUUCCUCUACUCUUGAUUAUUCAAGAUUAAAUAAAGAGCUGGAUUCCAAUGAUUCUGUCAUACUAGCACCAUUUGUACGAAAUGAAAAUGCUGAAAAAGAAGAAGAACCUUCACAUGAAGAGAAAUCUGGUAGCUACAGUGAAGAUUUUGAAGAAGAAACAGAUACUAAACCUGCCCUUAAAACUGAGGGAGAUCAGAUGAAUCAAAACAUCAUGUCAGAAGUUGAUUUAAGUCCUCAAGAACAGGAAGAAGCAAACACUGGCAUGCUGGCUAAAGUUGUAUUGCUUGAUUCACAAGAUUCUGCUGUAGAGCUUCAGAAGGCCAUUGAAGCAUCAGAUGUAGCUCCAGGUGAACAUGAUCAGCCUGAAGAAGUCAGUGCAGUUGAAAUGAAUGAAGCAGGUACUUCCUAUGGACAAGCCACGAGUGACAUGGAAGCGCUAUACCAGGCGUAUCAUCACAUUGAUCAGUCUCUGGGGGACACUGGCGAGCAAAAACUGCGCAAUUCUGCAGUGCCAGCCUCAGAAGGCUUAGGGCAAGGCAUUGCACAAAAUAAUGACAUCUAUGCAAAAAACAUGUCAACUGUUGAUUCAGAUUUACCUACUGUGGAAGAAUUGAUGAAAACAAUUACAGGACACAUGUAUAAUACCAGAAAUUUUGAUGUGGACCCUGAACGUCCUGUGAAACUGGUAGGUAGCACAGACAAUGACCUCAUUAGCCACUCACCCUUUGAAGACCCCCAGAAUAAUACAUCUUGGGAGAAAAACUUAGUUGAAAAGUUUAACAGAGAAGAAAGCAUCUUUCUACAGACAAGCAUGAAUGAUGAUACCUUUCAGAGGAUGACUGAGAAAGAAAUUCAGACCAGUGAAGUGCAGCCUGAUCUACUAAGAGAAAAAAUAGGACAAAACUCUCUGCUUUCACAAGGAAGCAAAACUAAAAAAGCUCUUCGGUCUUGUUCCUUGAAGAAUGAAAGAUCAGAACCAAUGUCAACCAAACCAAAGAAUAUUAGAAGUCCAGCACCUGUACAUAAAAAGAAACCUUCACAUGGUCCUCAUGGAAUGGUUAGAAGUUCUGGCUAUGGGAAGCCCAGUUUACUUUCAAAGCAGUCUUUUCCAGUCAGUGAAAAGAAAACACCAAAAGAAACUUUCAAAAAGACUUGUAUGAAAGCCAGAAGUCCUGCAGAUAGAGCAAAAUCUAAAGAAGCCUUAUUUGCUACUAGGAUAAUAAGAUCUGCAGCAAAUGAACCAACUUUGGAGGGAAGUAUUAACAGAGUUUUGUCUGGCCAAUCAGUUGUUAGUAAUCUUGGACACCAGGCUGAGGAUUAUAACAGGCAAUAUCAUCAUGACUUAUCAUUUUCCCCUUCCAAAAGCUGUGAUAGAGAGCUGUAUUUGUUAAAACGACUACAAACAGCAGAGGAGGACCUGAACAGAGCUCGGGAUUUGGUUCAGCAGCUGGCCAGCAAGCUUUCACAAAAAGAGAAGGAGAUGGAGGCCAAGGUAGUGGAACUGAAAACACAGCAUGAAAAGGAGCUCUCCCAUCUGGGUCAGGAAAACUAUGUUCUUCAGAGUAAGCUAAGAAGUAUGGAAGAGAUAACCCAAGAAAAGAGGUGGACCCAUGCAGCAACAAUUCCUAUAACUGAGGAAAAACUGGCCCAAAUACAAAAAGAGAUUGAAGAUCAAGAGGUCAUUAUUCAAGGUUAUCAACAGGAAAAUGAGAGGUUAUACAAACAAAUGAAAGAGCUACAAAUCCAAAACAAAAAAAAUGAGGAACGGAUGUUUAAGGAGAAUCAGUGCUUAAAGUCUGAAUUAAUACAGUUAAGAGAAAAGAUGGAGAAGAUUAACAACCAAUCACGAGUCAUGCAGGAUUCUGAACCUGGCAGAAAUCAGAGUUUCACAGAAUUGAUUUCAGAGCUUCGAGUUGCACAGAAAGAAGAAGCUAAAUUGCAAGAAGAGAUAAGACGUCUAAAACAAGAUAAGCAAGCUCUUGAGGUAGACUUGGUACAAGCCAAGAAAGAGAGAGAUUUAGCCAAAGUCCAGAUUGCAUCUGCAUCAAGUGAGAAGUCUUAUGAAUUUAAAAUCAUGGAAGAAUCGUACAAACAGGAAAUUACUCAUUUAAAAAAAAGACUUCAGUGGUAUGCAGAAAAUCAAGAUCUUCUGGAUAAAGAUGCAGCCCGUCUUAGAGAUGCAAGAGAAGAAAUUGAGAAACUAAGACUAGAGGUUGAGAAGCUCAGAGCUGACACAGGAGAUCAGUGUGUGCAACAGAAGAAACGUUUGCGAGACAGAGCAGCAGAUGCUAAAAGAAUUCAGGAUCUUGAGCGACAAAUCAGAGAAAUGGAAGGAAUUCUAAAAAGAAGGUAUCCAAAUUCUUUGCCUGCUUUGAUUUUUGCUGCUGCUGCUGCUGAGAAAACGAAUGAUCUUUCAGCUAAAACAAACACAGUUGAAUUUUUGGAGAGAAGAAUAAAGAAAUUAGAAACUGAACUUGAAGGUAAAGAUGAUGAAGCUAAGAAAAGCCUUCGUGCCAUGGAACAACAGUUUCAAAAAAUAAAGAUACAGUAUGAACAAAGACUUGCAGAGCUUGAGCAACUACUUGCCUAUGAAUUUAUGAAUGAAACACCAAAACUGAAUGGUGAUAAAGCCACUUCUGCAGAACUUGAGCAGGAGCUUCAGAAUCUAAAGAAGACCCAUCAGAUCACUGUUGGAAACCUCCAAACAGAAAUCGAAAAUCUUAAAAGUCAAAAUUCCCAAUUAAAACUCAGAAGUAAAAAUGAUAAUAAAGACUUAGAGUCCAUGGACUCUAAAAUGAAACAAGGUAGCACAAAAGACAGGUUGUUAAAAUUAAAUGAAGAACUGGUCACCAAAAAUAGAGAAAUACAAGACCUCACAAAAACUGUAGAGAAACUUCAAAAAGAAAGGAUGGUGAUGUUGUCUGAUAAUAAUUUGAGAAAUAAAGCAAACACUAAUGGGAACUCUACAGAGGUCUUGAAAAAGAAUACCUUAGCAACAGAUAGAAGGAAUUCCAACAACACUGAAGCCUGUCUAAGCAUUUUCAAUGAUGACAAAACACACCAACCACUUACCUUCUCUGAUUCUCAUCUCUCGGAAGUUGUGCAAGAAAAUGCCCAUCUGAAAGAGGAGCUGGAGAAACUGUCCCUGGAAAUGAGCCAGCAGCGGGUGAAGUCUCAGGCAGCACUGGCUUAUUCUGAAAGCAACAUGCGAAGGAUGCAGGAAGACACAGAGGAAUACAUUGCAUCUCUGAAAGCCUCCCACCAGAGGGAAGUUGAGAAGAUUGUUUGCCAGCAUGCAAAGGAACAUUCUACUUCUAAAGUAGCUGAACUAAAGAACAGAAUUUCAGCACAGGAGAUAUUAAUAAAACAUCUUCAAGAACAACUUGGUGAACAAGAGAGACGUCAAGAAGCUCUUCUAGUUUCACAAAUAAGAGAACAACUUCUACAAAAAGAGGUGACAAAAUUGUUGGAAGAGCUGAGAGAGGCUAGGGAAAGCCAGAGUCCUGAAAUGAAACAUUUCUUGUGCCUGGAAAAGAAAAUCAAGCAUAUAGAGAGCAGACAUGCAGAAAGAGAGCAUGAAAUUCAAAAGGCAAGCCAACUAAGACAGCACAUUUCUGAAGUAAGGCAAACCCAGGAGGUUGAGAGGUGGCGAAGGCUGGCCCAGGAGAAGAAUCAGGAGCUGGAGAAAUUUCGAAUGGAGUUGGAUUCAAUACUCGAUGUUUUACGUGAACUGCAGAAACAAGGGGUUGUUAUUCCUGCACCUGAUUCCAGUGGAUUCAGAGUGACAGGCAGCUGUUAGAAGACAUGAUUAGAAGGAGAUGGAC